CACAAAAAUAAUCAAAGAAAAAAAUGAAAACCCUGAGAAAACCCUAACUCACCGUGAGCCCAAAAACCCGAUCUUCUCCGCUCUUGGUCUCCUCCUCUUCUCUCUCUCUCUCUCCCAAAACCCUAGGCCCGGAAGGGCUACCGGGAAGAGGAGGCUUCUCAGCCUCUCUCUGUCUCUGCUUCGUUCUCUAUGCGUCUCCGGUGUGUGGAGGUUGCCCCUCUGCGCUGAUCUUAUCGGCUUCGAUCUUAGCGGGUGCCGAAUCUCUCCUGGAAGGUUGACUGCAAUGGUCUAAGGGCACCGUGUGGUAUUCUAAGCAGAGCAUUUCUCCAGUUCAUUUAGUCUGACAAUAUGAUAGCUACCGAAAGCAUUAUUGUGAAGAAGAAGCUGAAGAUUAAGUUUGGGGGAAAACGACUUGAAGCUGAUCCACAGACAUGUAAAUUUGAGCAGCCGGCAUCACUUACAGGUGAAUGGAAAUGUGCUGCUGGAAAUGAAACUGGUCAGAAUGAGAGGGUUGGCAAGAUAUCUGCCGUCAAUGGAUCAAAGCUUAGAAUUUCUCUGCCAAUUUCUAAUAAGCGAGGACCGCCUGAACCGUUGGAAAGUCCAAAGAAGAGGCUGAAAAUAGACCGGGCAGUUACUCAGCAGUGUACUUCCUUGUUGAAGAAAUUGAUGCAUCAUCAAUGUGGUUGGCCCUUCAAUCGGCCAGUGGAUCCUGUUGCGCUGAAUAUUCCGGAUUACUUUUCAAUAAUAUCAAAACCCAUGGACUUGGGGACAGUUAAAUCAAGGCUGGAGAAGAAAUUGUAUCUUGGGAUUGAAGAAUUUGCCACUGAUGUCAGGUUGACCUUUUCUAAUGCCAUGCACUACAAUCCACCUGGUAAUGAGGUCCAUAUAAUGGCAGAUCGCUUGAGUAAAAUAUUUGAGUCUGGAUGGAAAGUUCUUGAGGCAAAGUGGAAUCGCGGAACACCAAGAGGUGAACUAAUUUCAUCAGACAAACAGCUUAAGGAUGGAAAUGCUGUGGGACACAGUGAUUCUAAGACGGCUCCACCUGCUGAUUUGUGUAAGAAUGGGGUGGCAAAUGGAGAGAUCAAAUGUCAAAAUGACGCAGGAGUUACGAAAGUGAAAGUUCCAAAAGUGCCUCAGAGCAAACCAUCAACUAAUAAUAUAAAUAAAGGCACAGAUAGUGACAGUAGCCUUGCCUUCCGAUCCAAGUGUGAUGUAUGUGCUAGCAUUAGUUGCCCAUGCAGCCACAGCCAAAUAAGUGAUUCGUUGCGAAUAGUGCCAAGUGGCUUGCCUUCUGAAAGAUCACAAGGUCAAGAUCAUGCAUGUCAUGGUGAUGGUUCAGGACAGGCAAAGAACCAUCGUGCAUCACAUUGGGACAAGUCUGACCAAGAUAAUAGUGAUGAAGGGGCUGGAAGUGCUGUGGAUGAAGAAGAUUUUUGUACUACAGGAGGUGCAGCUGCUGCUAAUACGGACGCCACAUGUGGCGAAGGUUGGGCUGCUCCUCUUCCUGAUGCACAGCUGUCGCCAAAGAAGGCUCUUAGAGCUGCAAUGCUAAAGAGUCGCUUUGCUGCCACUAUAUUGAAGGCACAGCAUAAGACACUACUUGAUCAUGGUGAUAAAGCUGAUCCUAUCAAGCUGCAGCAGGAGAAGGAAAGACUAGAAAGGAGGCAGCUUGAAGAGAAGGCCAGGAUUGAAGCUCAAAUAAAAGCUGCAGAAGCAAGAGCAGAGGCUGAAUUAAAGAAGCAAAGGGAGAGGGACAGGGAAGCUGCUCGGAUUGCUCUUCAAAAGAUGGAAAAAACUGUGGAAAUUGGAGAGAACCUCGAGAUUCUAAAGGAGCUUGAAAUAUUGAGUGGAUGUUCUCUAUCAGUUCAUGUUCCGGAAUCGGAUGAUGGGUCUGAGGUGCUUUCGGGAGGAUUUGAUGGGUCACCGGGUAAGAACGCGCUGGAGCGGCUUGGCCUGUUUAUGAAGGAUGAUUACAUGGAGGAUGAUGACGAGGAGACGGUUUGCAAUGGGGGAGAGGAAGGAGAAAUUUUUUCGUGAUUCCUUUUUCUUUCUGCUUCUGAUGGGUGGGUUUCUUCUCAGCUUUCCAUGAUGGAUUGCUAUGCUGUGUUAAUUUACUUAGAAAUAGGAGAGAUUGGGGCGGGUUUUUGUAAGGAUAUGAUUGAGGUUGUAAAUGGUGACACUCUUGGAAAUACCCUCUGCAUAUUAUAUAAGGAAUGAAAGCGCGCAACAAAAAAAUUUAAAAAAAGAAAGAAAAAAAUAAAAAAAGAGAGCCAUCUUGUUUUCGGGUUGUGCAUGUUCGAUAUUUUAA